CGUCUACUUCCUGCCAUCGUCCAAAACAUAUCCGAGCCAGGAAGCUCGUCAACAGUCACAGCUUUCGCCCAGCCAACUUGAAUGACGUGCACGCAGUGAUCGAUAAUUAUGAUUCCGUACACUGUCAACAUCAAACUCGCGGCUCGGACGUUAACUGGCACUCUAAAUUUGCAGAAUAAAACUGCUGUUGAUUGGGGCUGGCAGGGGCUGAUUGCGCAAGGAUGUCAUUCUAGCAUCCUCAUUAUUGAUCCAAAGACAUCACAGACAAUCCAAGUGUUGGAAAAACACAAAGCUAAUGUGGUCAAGGUAAAGUGGUCAAGAGAAAAUUACUACCAUAACUUGAGCUCGCCCUACUGUUUGCGACUGGCCUCGGGAGAUGCCUCUGGAAAGAUAAUAGUGUGGGAUGUUGUUAGUGGCACUGCCCAUUGUGAGAUCCAAGAGCACUCCAAACCCAUUCAGGAUUUGGAGUGGCUGUGGAAUCAGGAUGUGUCCCGUGAUCUUUUGUUGGCCGUGCAUCCACCAAACUACAUCAUUCUAUGGAAUGGAGACACAGGAACCAAGCUGUGGAAGAAAAGCUAUGCGGAAAACAUUCUGUCGUUUUCUUUUGACCCGUUUGACCCAUCCAACAUGGCAUUGCUGACGAGCGAAGGAAUAGUCUUCAUCACAGACUUUUCCCACUCAAAACCACCGGGAAGUGCGGGCAAAAAGGUUUACAUUGCAAGCCCACACGCAAGCCCCGCCCACACCAAGCCUACACCCACAGCUGCUCCGCCUCCUACCGGUGCCAAGAAAGCUCUCAACAAGGUCAAAGUGCUAAUCACCAAUGAAAAGCCCACCGCAGAGGCAGUGACAUUGAAUGACUGCCUGCAGCUGUCUUACCUGCCCUCCAAAAGGAACCACAUGUUGCUGCUUUAUCCCAGGGAGAUCCUCAUUCUGGACUUGGAGCUCAGCCAGACUGUGGGAGUUGUUGCCAUUGAGCGUUCUGGAGUGCCCUUCAUCCAGGUGAUCCCCUGCGCCCAGAGGGAUGCCCUGUAUUGCCUCCAUGAGAACGGAUGCAUCACCCUUCGCGUGUGCCGUUCUACCACAACUCUUGAAGAAGGAUCAGCAGCAACAGACCCAGAACAGAGUGCCCAGGAGCUUGUGUAUGACCUCCGCUCUCAGUGCGAUGCUAUCCGUAUCACCAAGACUGUCCGGCCAUAUCGCAUGGUUAUCUGCCCCAUCAAUGAAAACAAUGCGGCUCUCAUGGUCAGCGAUGGCAGAGUCAUGCUAUGGGAGCUUAAAGCCGUUGCAGGCAAAGCUACUGCCAAUCCAAGUUCAGGUUUAUCCCCGCUCUACUCCCCUGUGUCCUUUUGUGGAGCUCCGCUGGCUCCAAACCAGAAACAUAUUCAGAAUCUCUCUCUCAACAGCAUGAUAGGUCAAACUUUAAUCGCUGGUGAGGCCCCUCUUCCAUCCUCCAACCAGCAAGAAGUCCAGCUCAAGUUCCUGUUGACCGGACUCCUCUCUGGUUUGCCACUGCCACCUUUUGCCAUCCGCAUGUGUCCACCUCUUACAACCAAAAAUAUCAACCAUUACCAACCGAUGCUGGCUGUUGGCACCAGCAAUGGGUCUGUAUUAGUCUACAACCUUACCAGUGGUCUCCUCCACAAGGAGCUCAGUGUCCAUUCUUGUGAAGUAAGGGGUAUUGAGUGGGUGAGUCUCACCAGUUUUCUGUCGUUUGCCACUUCUUCUCCUAACAACAUGGGCUUGGUUCGGAAUGAGUUGCAGCACGUCGAUAUGCCUACUGGACGAUGUUUUGCAUUCAGAGGUGAGCGAGGAAAUGACGAGCCACCCAUUGAGAUGAUAAAGGUUUCACAUCUGAAGCAGUACCUGGUAGUGGUGUUCAGAGACAAACCGCUGGAGCUGUGGGACGUCAGGACAGGGACACUUCUUCGAGAGAUGGCAAAGAACUUCCCUACCGUUACGGCCCUGGAAUGGUCCCCAUCGCACAACUUGAAGAGUUUAAAGAAGAAGCAGAUGGCGGCAAGGGAGGCCAUGGCUCGUCAAACAGUGUCAGACGCUGAGCAAAAUAGUGUUGAAUCCUCAGUAAUCAGCCUACUGCAGGAUGCAGAGAGCAAGUCGGAGACCACCCAGGCCAUAUCUGCCAGGGAACAUUUUGUGUUCACUGACACAGAUGGGCAGGUCUACCAUAUCACUGUUGAGGGCAACACUGUCAAAGACGGUGCCCGUAUCCCUCCUGAUGGCAGUAUGGGUAGUAUUGCCUGCAUUGCCUGGAAAGGUGAUACCCUGGUGCUCGGUGAUGUGGAUGGAAAUCUUAACUUCUGGGACCUUAAAGCACGUUUGUCAAGGGGAAUACCAACUCACCGCAGCUGGGUGAAGAAAAUUCGCUUUGCCCCAGGCAAAGGCAACCAGAAGCUCUUGGUUAUGUACACCGAUGGAGCAGAGGUCUGGGACACCAAAGAUGUCCAAAUGGUCAGCAGCAUGCGCAUUGGUCGCAACGUAAACUACCGCAUCCUAGAUAUUGACUGGUGCACUUCGGACAAAGUCGUGCUGGCUUCAGACGACGGCUGUAUUCGAGUUUUGGAAAUGGCCAUGAAGUCCGCUAGCUAUCGUAUGGAUGAACAAGAUCUCACCGAUUCAGUGUGGUGCCCAUAUCUGCUGCUACCCCGAGCUGCCCUCACUCUUAAGGCUUUCCUUCUACUGCAGCCGUGGUCGGGGACCUUCACGAUGGACAUUACACAAGUAGACUACAAUGAAAAAGACGAGAUAAAAGGUUUGAUCCAGGAGCAGCUCAAUUCUUUGUCAAAUGACAUGAAGAGUGUGCUGCAGGACCCCGAGCUCAGCCUGCUGCAGCGCUGCCUCCUGGUCUCACGGCUGUUCGGGGAUGAGUCUGACCUUCAGUUUUGGACAGUGGCCUCACACUACCUCCAGUCAUUUGCUCAGGCUCAUCAGCUCAGUGUGGCCACAGCGGAGGGGCAGAUUCAAAGUGAAUCAGCUCAGCAGUCUCCUCAGAAUCAUCUGGACAUCUGCCACGACAUGUUGUGCGAAAGCUCCUAUUUCCAGAAAUUCCAGUUGGAUCGUGUUCACCUGCAGGAAGUGAAGCGCUCCAGUUAUGAGCAUACUAAGAAAUGUGCUGACCAGCUCCUCCUUCUGGGUCAGACGGACCGUGCCGUACAAUUACUGUUGGAGACGAGUGCAGACAAUCCUAGCUACUACUGCGAUUCCCUAAAGGCCUGUCUGGUGACCACCAUCACCUCCUCUGGACCCUCCCAGUCCACUAUCAAACUUGUGGCCACAAACAUGAUCGCCAACGGAAAGUUAGCAGAGGGGGUGCAGCUGCUGUGUUUGAUUGACAAGGCUGCAGAUGCCUGCCGCUACCUGCAGACCUACGGGGAGUGGAACCGUGCCGCCUGGCUUGCCAAGGUGCGUCUCAGCCCAGCAGAGAGUUCAGAUGUGCUGAAGCGAUGGGCCGAACAUCUUUGCUCCCCGCAAGUCAACCAGAAAUCCAAAGCCAUCCUCGUGUUGCUUUCCCUGGGCUGCUUUUACAAAGUGGGAGAGAUGCUACACAGUAUGAGGCACUUUGACUGUGCAGCUCUCUUCAUCGAAGCCUGUUUGAAAUACGGGGUCAUGGAGGCCAACGACUCUUCGAAUAAACUCAUAGAGACGGCAUUUUUGGACUACGCACGGCUGCUGCGCUCGCUCGGCCUGCGAGAGGGAGCCGCUCUGUGGGCGUCGCGGGCGGGCACCGCCGGCGAGCAGCUGAUGGAGGAGCUGUUCAAGGGGGAGGGAGGAGGAAAUGAGGUAGUGCUUGACAAUGACGAGGCCAAGGUAGUCAUCGACUCUUGAAGAUGAACGGACUAAUGGCUGAGAAUUAAGAUGAACCAGGGAGCUAUAUCUCGUCAGCACGAGAAGACGGUGAUGAGGUUCCGUUGCGUCAUUUGUCAGUUCAUUCAUUCAUGGUCUUCCCACGUUUGUGGCUAUGGCGAGUUUGGCAUUUCGUGAUGUUUUGUUGUGACGAUGGGACCUUCGUGUUUGUCGGCAGCUGUAUGAGCGUGUUGCUGCUUCAAAAGAUUUUAUCCUCCCAACGAGUGACGUCAUGCACAUUGUUGUCUGUUCAAUUGAACUUUUAAUAUGGUGGGUUUGCAUUAUUGUCUGUGCCUGUGUUGAAUACAUUUUAGGCCAAAUGUAUGAACUUGCUGUUCUACUGCUGUGAUGAAAUGCAGCAAGAAGUUGAUACAUUUCUGCUUCUUUGUUGCACUGACUUGAAAGUUUACUGUCACCAUUCAUUAUAUCCUCCUUCAUCACUGAAUUCCAAAGCAUUGCACUUUUAAUUUCCCUUUGCAGGACCAUUCCAGUUGUUGAGCACCUCAGUGUGACUUGACAGAGGUUUUUAAAUGACCAAAUCUUGGAUGUGCACAAUCUAUCCCUGUUAGGUACCUGCAUGGACAAUGCAGCCCAGAAAUAUCCAAAACCAAGCCCAAUUUGGAGUAAUUUAUUUUUAUUUUUUUAUAGAAGAAUUGAUAUCCUUCAGCUGAAAGGUGUUUAUGUAGUAUCUGCAGAGCCUUCAACGCCAAUGUUGAUAAUGCAGCCUUUAGAAUGGUGCAAAAGAUCUUUUUCUCAAAAAAAAAAGACCAAAUGAAUAAUUUGUGGGGGAGAAUGCGUAAAGUUUUUACUGCGACUAAAUUUACCAUCCAUCCAUUUACUAGUCAGCCUAUUGUGACAAGGAACAUAUUUCCUUUUUCUAUUUCUACCUAGAGAAUACCCAUUCAUCCAAAAAAAAAUGCAUUUUAACUAAAAAAAAUAAAAUAAUAUUUGAUUAAGAAUCAUUUUUGGGCGUAAAUAAAUAAUAAGACACAGACGACAAGAGGCUCAGUGUUUGGCUUGAUAUUUAUAUAUUAUAUUAUAUGAUAUUUUAUCAAUAACUGAUUUCAACAUGAGCUUUUUAGAUGGAUUGCUCCCGUUGAUGUGCACUUGCACAAGGAAGUGUUGCAACUUGCGCGUUCCCCCUUUUUUUACUCACCACCCUUUGCUUAUCAAAACCAUACAUACGAGUCAACAUCGCAUUGACAGCCUUUGUGUGUUUAUCCGUCUUGUAGUGUGUCAACCUGUCCUGCAGUCAGACAGAAACGUCUUCUGUGGGACCGUCAGCGUGUUACUGUGUUUCAUAAACACGUCAGUGCUGUUCCCCACUGUGUCACCAAGCAGUGUCAAUCUACAUGUUCUCAUGUAAUUUCCCAAUUCCCACUUCUAUAAGUGGAUGUAAAGUCUAUAUAUUGUUUGUGCACUGUGCAAAAUUGUGCACUGUGAACACAUGCACCACCUUAUCGCACUUAUAUUUUUUUACUUUCAAUCUUUUUUUUUUUCAUUGAGUUGUACAGGUCUUGGGUCACAUUAAUGGUAGAAAAUACUUUGAGGUGAUUUAUCUAGAUUGCUGUGUUGUAUCACAACUGGCACUUGAACCGGGGUGUGUAGACUUUUUAUAUCUGCUGUAUGCAGAAGAGCUAGUAUAUAAUCACAGCACGAUCAAUGUAUUUCCUUGCAUCUGUGAAUUUUGUUGUGCAGUGUUGUGAUGGAAGACAUACACAUACAGUACACACCGUACUUUUUAGCCUCUAGUAAUGUGAUGCUUUUUUGUAUAAUGAUGUGCAAAGGUAAGUCUUGUAGCUGGAGCACAUAUCUUUUAUUGCAAUUGAUCAUUAUAAAAUAAUAAUUUUUUUUUCCAUUAUUGUCAGUUGAUUAUCACAUCCUUGAAGCUGUACAUUCGUAAAUAAAUCUGAAACAACAAAAUUAUACCCCUAUAUGAAUGGCAAUAAAAUUAGUCUUUACUGUA